GUUAAGAUCGCUCUUCCUCAACCCUAUCCCCAACCACAAGAAUUAACACAACAUGGCAGCGAGCAUGUCCACCCAUCAGGGCAAAGUCUACGCCAUCACCGGCGCCGCCUCCGGCAUCGGCCACGCCAUCGCCAUCCACCUCGCCCACCUCGGCGCCCGCCUUGCGAUAACCGACCUCUCCCAAUCGGGUCUCGACGCCCUCGUCACUGAACUAGAGCCCCUCAUCGGCAAGACAAACAUCCUGGCCCGCCCCGCUGACAUCUGCGACCGCUCCGCCGUUGAGUCCUGGCUCGCCGCCACCGUCACCCACUUCGGCCGCCUGGACGGCGCAAUCAACACAGCGGGCGCGCACCCGCGCGAAUCCGGCCAGCAACCCAUCUGGAACGUGACAGACGAGGAUUGGGAUUUCGCCCAGCGGGUCAACGUGCAGGGUACGCUGAAUCUCGUCCGCGCGGCGCUGAAGUACCUGGUAGAUGCGGUCGGUCGACAGGAGAUUUCCACAGGGUCCGUCGUGGUCUUCGGUAGUAAUGCGUCGGUCACGGGGGCGCCGAACCUGUCGGCAUACACGACGAGUAAGCAUGCGGUGCUGGGGAUCAUGCGCUCCGCCGCGAUGGAUGCGGCGCCGUAUGGGGUGCGGGUUAAUGCGGUUUGCCCGGGUCCGAUUGAUACACCUAUGUUGCGGAAUGCGGUCUCGGAGAGUCUGAUGAAGACGCUGGUCAACGCUAUUCCUAUGAAAAAGGUAGGGUCGACAAAGGAGGUGGUAGGGUUGGUGACUUAUUUGCUGGAUGAGAGCUCGGGGUUCACGACCGGAGGUGUGCACAUGGUUGAUGGGGGGAUGACGGCGGCAUGAUGACAAUGAGAAUUCGUACAGAAUGACUCGGAAAGGUCUUGAAGAAGGGUCUGCAACCAUUCCUGUGGAGCCUUAUUAUGGCGACAUGGCUAGAAAGAACAGCCGUGGCUGUUUUCAUUUCUUUGAGGUUUGUUCUGGAUGACUGAUAUUGCGAUCGGUAUUGGCCUCAUCGAGCUACUGGCAAGCACCCGUCGUCAUGGUUCGAUGGUGAACAUGGCUAGAUUGGAAGAAGAUGGCAUAGUUAACAUGGAACAAUGAGGAGAGCGCAUGGCCUUGGAGAAUGAAGAUGACGCGAGUGAGACAUUCUCACACCGUCUGCUCGAACCUCUUUGUCGGUCAUGCGGAAGGCUGCCCUAAGCCAGAGCCUACUAUGUAG